AUGAAAGAUUUCUCUUCUGGAUAUAUUACGCACGAGAUACGCAGCCGGACAUCCGAAUCUUGUUACAGUAGUUAUAACCGCAGCUCCCCAACGGGCGCGUUAGUUUCUUCACCGACUCUUUUGGAUCCUAUUCGCCUGGCAAAGCGGCUCCCUAUCCGGAUACUCAAGAUGUUGACGGCGCACACCAGCCACUUGCUCCACCACCCGGAAUACCUGCAGCCCCUACAAUCUGCACCAGUGAGCAUUGAGGUAUUGUGAAUAUGUUUCUAUUGUCUUGGUAAAUUGUCACAUUGAAUUUCGUUGUUGUUUGGCAUAUAGAUAAUUCUACUCACGGUUUAUUCCCUCAACACUUUGGUGCGUUUUUUGUGCAAAGCAAGUUCCUCGACUUUUAGCCCAUAAUACAUAAUUAUUUUGGUGAUGCGCACAGUCGGGAUUUCUGAAAAGCCAUUCCCUAAGCGUCUUUUCUCAUUUGCUACAUCCCCGGGGCUGCAGUUUUUUUCGAAUGACCGUUUAUACCAUUUUGCUUCAACUUUGUAGGCAAUAGGCCUACAUCCAUUCGAUAAAACUAGCCAUAGCCUACAGCAAGACCUCAUUACUGCCAAAUACAUUGAAACAAUUACUGCUAACAGUAUUUUCUUUAUUUCUGUCUGCCUUUCUUUCUUUCUUUCUUUCUUUCUUUCUUUCUUUCUUUCUUUCUUUCUUUCUUUCUUUCUUUCUUUCUUUCUACACCUGUAAUCGUUGUGAAAAGUGCUUAAACUUAACUUAAAGUCUUGUUUUAUUUCUCCAGCUUGAUGCCAAGAAGAGUCCCCUGGCCCUGCUGGCUCAGACCUGCUACCAGAUUGGCAAGCCUGACCCUCCCUCCUCCAAGCUAGGCUCUAUCUCUAAUGGCCAUGGUGACCAUGAUGGACGCUCCUCUUCCUCCUCCUCCAGUCACAAACUGGGGGACCACCGGCCCUCACAGGAGGACAAGUCCAGCUUCAAGCCCUAUAACAAAGUUGGGGGAGACAGUCGGAGGGACGGGGUUGGUAGCUCUAAUAACAGUUCUGACAAGACCGGCUUCAGGUUACCUAGUAAUGGGAAUGGAGGAGCUAACAGUAACUCAUCAGGUUCUUGUCCAUCCUUUCCGCCACACGCCAUCUCUCCCAACUCCAGGGUGGGUAGUGGCACGCCUCCUCAGCACACACAUCAGCCAUCACAGACACACAGACAGAGCCAGUCGCCUCACGGAUUACAUGUUUCCCACUCUCAGACUCUGAAUGGAGAACACAAACAGGAACAGAACAGUCCACACAGGAACAGUAACAGUAGCAGCAGUAGUGGUGGCCAUCUUAAGAAGGAGUCAGAUGUGCAUAAGGUCAGUUUGGACAGUCCCCAGAUGGCUAACUCCAGCCAUGCCAGAGCCAGCACCAACUCCAGCACAGGCAGCUCUGAGGGAAGCCCCAGCCACGAGGUGGGCAAGAUGGACUCCCAACCCCCACCACUCGGCCUGGGUCCUGGACACAUCACUCCCAUUUCCCCCUACAAGACUGGCCACACUGUCUUCCCCCUGUCCUCCUCUGGUAUGGGCUACCAUGGCUCUGUAGUGGGGGCCUAUGCUGGAUACCCCUCCCAGUUUGUCCCAGGGUUGGACCCUACCAAGUCUGGUCUGGGAGGAGGGGGAGUGAGGGUACCGGGGAAGCACCCUAGCUCCAGCCCCCUCACUGGUGCCUCUCCCCUCUCCUUCAUGCAGGGUUUGUGCAGGGAUCCGUACUGCCUCAGAUACCCCAACUCACCCCACCUGGGGGGCAGCAAUCCCUGCGUCCAUGACCCCUCCUCCUCCCUCAAAUCAGGCUACCCAGGCUUGGUCUACCCCUCCCACUCCCUCCACCCCAGCACCAUGUCUUCCAGCAUCACCCCCACCCUGUCCCACCCCCUCUACACCUACGGCUUCAUGCUCUCCAAUAACCCCAUGCCUCAUGCUUGUAACUGGGUAUCGGCUGGGGGGCCUUGUGAUAAACGCUUCUCCACCUCAGAAGAGCUGCUGGCCCACCUGUGCACACACACCUCCUUACCUGGAGGGAUGGACAGUAAGCUCCUCUCUGCAUACCCCUCUGUCUCCUCCUCCUCUGCUGCCUCUUGCCACUUCCACCUCCCCCACCAGAGCCAGGCCUCCCUGCAGAACUCCUUUUCCCUCAGGGCUCCCCAUACCCUGGGUCUGGCCCGGUACCACCCCUAUGGUAAGGUCCACCUGCCCCCCGGACCUACCUCCAUCCCCCUGCACUCCCUCCAGGCUGGUUCUCCUUACUACCCCCACUACGCCCUCUACAGCCAGAGACUGGGCCCAGCGUCUGCCUUGGGCUACCAGUGA